CUCAUCGCUGCUUUCUUCCCCACAGCGCAGCCGCAGCACACAGGAACACCAAAAACCAAAUCCCAUCCGCGAGAUAACAAACCGGGCCAACGGAUUUUUUUGGCCGUGGCGGUGGCGGUACCCUGUCGCUGUACUACCACCGUGCUCGCGCCCGCCGCCGCGGCGGCCCCCUGGCUAAACCCUAAGCCGGAGACGGGGGACGCGCACCCCGCUUGCAGCGAAGGCGGCGUCGCUCGCUGCUCCCUCGGCCAGUGCGGUGCGGGCGCUCGACUGCGCCGCGGGAUUCGCUCGAGGGGCGAGCUCCGGAUCGCCGGAUUUCGAGCUCCGGCGCGAGGGGGGAACGAGCUCCGCGCCGAGGAGUGGAGGGGUUGUGAUGCUCGCCGGUUCCUGCUCGAUUCCCGCGGAUCUCGCGGGCGCGCCGCGAUGCCGAGGUGAGUACUGAGCAGGAGCCGCGCGCGAUCUCGGAGCGGUUGGUGGAGGAGGAGCGUCCUCAGGAUGAUGCCGUCGGGCCCGCCCAAUCCGAUGGGGCCCGGGCAGCCGGUGGGCGGCACCGCGGCGUCGCUGCUCCGGACGAGCUCCAGCUUGCUCAGUGGCGGAGGCGGCGGACAGCCGGGGAUGGGCGGAGGUGGUGGUGGCAUGCUCUCUGCGCAGUCGCCCUUCUCGUCCCUGGUCUCGCCGCGCACACAGUUUGGCGGCAAUGGGCUGCUUGGGGGUGCCUCGAGUGUGUCCUCCUUGCUCAACCGGCAGUCGUUUGGGAAUGGGGGACAUAUGCAGGGUCCAGGGUCAAUGCAAGGUGGUGGGAUGCAGAUGGGCACGCUCCAGCAGAGAGGAGGGAUGGAUGGUGGUGGUGAUUUCAUUGGUGCGGGAGGGUCGGAUCCUCUGUCGUUCCCGUCUUCCUCACAGGUUAAUUUAGGCAAUCAGAUGGGUUCAGACAACAUGCAGGCGACUUCGCAGCAGCAGCAACAGCAGAUGGAUGUUGUGCAGGAUAUGCAGCAACAGCAGCAGCAGCUGCCGAUGUCUUACAACCAGCAGCCACAACAUUCUCAGCAGCUCCAGCAGCCACAGGCUACAGUGAAGUUGGAGAAUGGGGGAAGCAUGGUUGGCAUCAAAUCCGAACAGCAGAUGGGGCAAUCUGACCAGAACGGUCCAGCCCAGAUGAUGCGUAGUGCUAGUGGUGUGAAGCUUGAGCCGCAGCAGUUGCAAGCCCAGAUGAUGCGGAGUUUGAGUUCAGUCAAGAUGGAGCAACAGAGUUCAGACUCAUCAGCUUUCUUGCAGCAGCAGCAGCAGCAGCAGCAACAGCAACAGCAGCAGCAGCAACAACAGCAACAGCAACAUUUGUUGCAGCUGACAAAGCAGAUUAGAAAUUGUCCAGACCUUGUAUCAAUGGGUGGACCAAAUGCAAUCGCAAACUCUCAAGCUGCCGCUGCUGCUCAACUGAGCCUCUUGCAACAACAACGGCUCCUGCAUAUGCAGCAGCAGCAACAACAACACCAGAUUCUAAAAAACUUGCCUUUGCAGAGAAAUCAAUUGCAGCAACAGCAGCAGCAGCAACAACAGCAGCAACAUCAGCAGUUACUUCGUCAACAGAGUCUAAACAUGAGAACUCAAGGAAAGUCACCUCCCUAUGAACCAGGAACCUGUGCAAAGAGAUUGACCCAUUACAUGUAUCAUCAACAGAACAGACCACAAGAUAACAACAUUGAGUACUGGAGAAACUUUGUCAAUGAGUAUUUUGCUCCAAAUGCUAAAAAGAGGUGGUGUGUCUCGCUGUAUGGAAGUGGUCGUCAGACAACUGGAGUUUUCCCACAGGAUGUAUGGCACUGUGAGAUUUGCAAUCGGAAACCUGGCCGUGGUUUUGAAACAACAGUUGAGGUACUACCACGAUUAUGUCAAAUCAAGUAUGCAAGUGGUACUCUGGAAGAACUUCUGUACAUCGACAUGCCACGUGAAUCCCAGAAUGCAUCCGGUCAGAUUAUUUUGGACUACACGAAAGCAAUCCAGGAAAGCGUCUUUGAGCAAUUGCGUGUGGUUCGUGAGGGGCAUCUAAGGAUAGUUUUUAAUUCAGACCUCAAGAUUGCAUCUUGGGAGUUCUGUGCUAGGCGCCAUGAGGAACUUAUUCCACGGAGAUCUAUAAUACCACAGGUUAGUAAUCUUGGUGCGGUUGUACAGAAGUACCAGGCUGCAGCCCAAAAUUCAACGAGUUUGUCGGCUCAGGACAUGCAGAAUAAUUGCAACUCGUUUGUUGCAUGUGCCCGUCAGUUGGCUAAAGCCCUGGAGGUGCCAUUGGUAAAUGAUUUAGGAUACACAAAACGCUAUGUUCGCUGCCUUCAGAUUGCUGAGGUUGUAAACUGUAUGAAGGAUUUGAUUGAUCACAGCAGGAAUACAGGAUCUGGACCCAUUGAUAGCUUGCAUAACUUUCCAAGGAGGACUGCUUCAGGGGUCAACCCUCUUCAACCACAGCAGCAACAGCCUGAGGACCAGCAGGCUAUUCCUCAGAGUUCAAAUCAGAGUGGCCAAAAUUCUGCUCCUAUGACUGGUGUGCAGCCUUCUGCCUCUGCCAAUGGUGAUGUGACAUCAAAUAAUUCUCUCAGUUGCGCCCCUUCUACAUCUGCACCUUCACCUUCUGUUGUUGGGCUCUUGCAAAGUUCAAUGAAUUCUAGACAAGAUCAUCCGAUGAGCAGCACUAAUGGUGGUCCCUACAAUGGCGGUGGCAAUGCGGCAAUUCCCAAGGUGAACUCAACAAGCUCAUUGCAGUCAAAUCCAUCUACCUCUUUCCCUUCCCCGGUACCCACAGCAUCCAAUAACAAUAUGAUGCCUGCUCCUCAAAAUACAAACCAACUAACCUCCCCGACUACGUCAUCAAGCAUACCUCCGAUGCAACCACCUGCUACUCGACCUCAGGAGGCUGAGCCAAGUGAGUCCCAAAGCUCGGUUCAGAAAAUCUUGCAAGAUUUGCUGUCAUCACAGAUGAACGGAGUUGGCCAGUCAGGGAAUGAUAUGAAGAGACCAAAUGGACUAAACCCUGGUGUUAAUGGGGUUAAUUGCUUAGUUGGCAAUGCUGUCACAAAUAACCCAGGAAUGGGAGGAAUGGGGUUUGGUGCCAUGGGUGGGUUUGGUCAUGGGAUGAGAACGGCAAUGACGAACAACCCAAUGGCAAUGGGUGCAAGGAUGGGAAUGAAUCACAGUGCACAUGACCUAUCACAAUUGGGUCAACUACAUCAGCAGCAACAACAGCAGCAACAGCAGCAUGACAUAGGAAACCAGCUAUUGGGUGGUCUUAGACAGGCAAACAGCUUCAAUAACAUUCAGUAUGACUGGAAACCCUCACAAUAGAGUAACCAGGAACGAUAAAGUUCCAAUGUGAUGAUGCAUUUGCCCUCCCUGGGCAGAUUGCCUAUGCAGCAUCAGUUAUGGUGCCAUGACCUCCCCGGGGCCAGUAGCAUUUGUGCUUCGCGCUAAUGCUGACAAAAAAGGGUACCAUAAGCGAUAGCAAGCAUUCCGGCUGGUAAAUGUAAGUCUGUAACUAUCCGUCUAGCUACCUCUGCGUGUGUUACUCCCUCAGUUCUAUAACAUUUGUCAAUUUUACUGGGAGUUGCAGUUUCACAAUGUGUCACAUUGCUUGUCCACUGUUUACCCCUUCAUUGAUGUUGUAAAAAAGCUAAGUAGCUGUAGAAUCAUAUAAUAGGGCUGUGGGCAUUCCUUAUUAACGCUUAGAUUGAGUGUUCCUCGGUCUAUGCAUACAUGGGUGAAUAUUCAUGGAUAAAUAUCGCGGAACGGAGGGACAAGACCUGCAGGAAUGGGAAUUGGAACACGCCCAAGUUGGGUUCCUGGUGCUGCCUGCUUCAGGUAUUUUGUGAAAAGUCGGCAUCUUGUGCUGUCUGAUAGAUUGACAGUGCUUGGUGGUAUUUUUUUUUACUGGAAAAGAAGUUUUCCCUGUCUUUUUUCCUUAAUUGUAUUUGAAUAUGUGCCAUACACACCUGCAACAGUUAAAACUGUAUUUGAAUAUGUGGCAUACACACCUGCAUAUUGGCACAGCGCA